GGCUGAAAUGGAUUGGUUAUUGCCUGUUGGUUUUGGAAGUAAUGUGUAUCUUGCUUGCUUGGCUGUGUUUAUAUGCCUGUUGAAAGAUGAAGAGGUCCUAUUUAUUUUUCUUGUUUUUUCUUCUCUGGGAAAGUGCUAGAGGAUUUGGAGUUUGGAAUGAACUGCCUGCUCAAAUCUGGCAUCGUAGUGAGGAGAAAACCAUUCAAGAUCCACCUUCUCUUUCUUCUGAGCAGCAAGCCAAUAGUGUUCCAAGUGGAGUCCAGUCCAUUGAGCAUGAAGCCACAAACUCUGAUGGUUCAAGUAACGCACCUACAAGGCAUGUCCGAUUAAAACCCAACGGUCUGGGUGUUUCCUCCUUUGGCGACGAACUCCAUGCAACUGAUGCCCAAAGUGCUGGGAGACCGUCUUCUCCUACUCCGGGUUUCCAAAGUCCUCGUCCAUCAAAAUAUUUUAUUUUAUCUUCUCCUAGGAGACUGUACCCUUCGAGUCUUGUGGGCUUGCCAGCGAGGGACUCUCUAUUGCCUCAGCAAAAUGGUUAUUCAAGUGGUUUUGCUUCUGGAAGACCAAGCACCCAAAUGCCACCUCACAAUGCUAACAAUGCUUUUCAGUCUAUGUGGUCACAGGUGCUGAGCAGCCAAUCAGCUAGUAGGCCUACAUUCCAAUCCUGGAUGUCAAACCUUGUGGCCCCAUCCAACGGUUUCAUAAGCAAUACAUUUUCAUCUCCGCCAGACCAUAUUGGGAAUGACCUCUCAGGUUAUUCAAAUGGUUUGUUUUCUGCAAGAAAAGGCAGUCAAACACAGUAUGACCCUCCACUUCAAAUCCAGAAAUCCAACCGUGUGGCCACAUUCCAGAAUUCAGGAAGCACAUCUCUGCCAUUACAGCAGGCUGGGUAUAGUGAUCAGUCAAAAAAAGACUGGCUAGAGGUGAAGAGAAUCCCAUUUGGUAGUGAGGCUCCAUCCCAGAGUUUAGGACGUGUACCAGUGCAAUCACAGCAAGAUAACUAUGGCAUUCCAUCUAAAUGGUCUGCUUUUCAGUUGCAGGGCAUCCCCUCAGCUUCUCGACCUGCACUACAGACCCAGCCUUCAGAUUUUGUGGCCCCCUCACGUACUGUAGGAAGUGCUCCAGUGCCAUCACAAGAGGACAAUCUGGCUCAACCUGCUUUAGAGGUACAGAGAAUCCUAUUAACUAGUCGGCCAACAUCCCAGGCCCAGUCUUCAAACUUUCUGACCCCAUCCCAAAUUUCAGGAAGUGCUCCAGUGCCAUUACAGCAAGAUGGCUAUGGUAUUCCAUCAUGGUGGUCUACUCCACAGGUACAGGGCAUCCCCUCAGUUUCUCAGCUUGCACUAAAGAAACAGCAAUCAAACCUUGUAGUGCCAUCCCAGAGUUUAGUAAGUGCACCAGUGCCACCAUGGCAAGAAAGCUAUGGCAUGCCCUCUAGGUGGUCCUCUUCACAGGUACAGGGCAUCCCCUCAGCUUCUCGGCCUUUGCUACAAAACCAACCUUUAAAUUUUGUACUCCCAUCCCAGAGUUUAGGAAGUGCACCAGUGCCAUCACAGCAAGAUGGCUAUGGUAUUCCGUCAUGGUGGUCUGCUCCAGAGGUCCUCCCGUCAGCUUCUUGGCCUGCACUACAGACCCAGCCUUCAUAUAUUCUGGCCCCAUCCCAGGGUUUAGGAAGUGCACAACUGCAAUCACAGCAAGAUCGUGAUGGCUUUCAGUCUAGAUGGCCUGCUGCAGAAAUUAAGAGUAUCUUCUUAAACAGGCCCAGGUUCCAGAAUCAAGCAUCAAACCUUGUGGCCCCAUCCCAGAGUGUAGCAGUUUCACCACAGCCGCUACAGGAGGAUCGAUAUGGCUUUCAGUCUUGGAGUUCUGGCUUACAGAUGCAGGGCAUCCCAUCAGCUACUUUGCCUGUGCUUCAGACACAGCCAUCAAACCUUGUAGCCCCAUUCCAGAGUUUAGGAAGUGCACCAGUACCAUCACCGCAAGAUGGCGACAGCUUUUACACUAGAUGGCCUGCUGCAGAAAUUCCAAAUGUCCCAUCAUCUGCUCAGCCUAUAUUCCAGGGCCGUUUAUCAGACAUUGUGGCUUCACAUGAGCAUUUAUCAGGUGCUUCUCUACCAUCGCAACACAAUCGCUAUGGUCCUGAGUCUAGUUUCUUUAAUUCAAAGGAGCAGAAUAUCGCUCGGCCUAGGUGGCCUGAACGAGUCCCCUCAGCUAGUCAACCUCCCCAGUUUGGCCCAAUGUUUCAAACCCAGGCAUCACAGGAAAGAACCAGUGUGUUUAGUUCUCUUUCUCAAAACCAGGCCAGAGUUGACCCUUCAGAACAUGUUCUAUGUUUUAAAGUGUCAUCGGCUGCACUUGCUGAUGCAGUGCAAUCCAACAAGCCAGGGAUCCAACCUCAGAGUUUGGAGAGUCUUCAGUAUAACUCUACCGCUUCAAGCAGCCUUCCUUCCUCGUCUCAAAGUCAAAAUGCCUCAGCUUUAACUGCAGCUCAAACUCAGAGUGGUGUCCAGUCUCCAGCUGUUAACCAUAGUAGUUUUCUUCCCUCAUCCCAGACACCAGCCAACUCGACAGCUUCUGCGGCCGAAAGUGUAUCUACACCCCCCGUCCAGACUUCUGCUGAACACCUCGCCUCAGACCUCAGCAAACAGAUCCCAGGUGAUGUGUGGACUGAGCUAACCGAACGUGAUCUUGAUUAAUAACAGUUUCAAAUGUCAAGCUCAAGCAACUGCACAUUUUAUUUGUGAAGCUGUUUUGUCUUUAAUAAAGGCGAUUCUGACAAUCCUG